AUCCAGCUUCCUCCACUUCACUCUCCUCAUCUCCUGGGACUCCUUGCUUGUGUGGAAGAUGUCCUGCUCCAGCCUGUGUGCCCCUGCAUGUGGCGUGGCCACCCCAACCCCACUGGCUGACAGCUGCAACGAGCCCUGUGUGCGCCAGUGCCCUGACUCCACUGUGGUGAUCCAACCCCCGGCCACCGUGGUCACCUUCCCCGGGCCCAUCCUCAGCUCAUUCCCACAGAAUGCUGUGGUUGGCUCAGCAGGAGUCCCCGCCGUCGGAUCGGGCUUGGGUGGCACCUUUGGACGCAGUGCCGGCUAUGGGGGCCUGGGAGGUUUUGGUGGCUAUGGAGGCCUGGGAGGCUAUGGAGGCUUUUAUGGCCUUGGUGGCUAUGGGGGCUAUGGAGGCCUUGGUAGCUGUGGAUACGGUGGCUGGCGCCGAGGCCACAGGUACCUCAGCGGCAGCUGUGGGCCCUGCUAAGCACAGCACUGCCUCUGUCCAUGGUUGAAGGAGAGCUCUGGAGAAGUCCCAGCUCAUCCCUGCCUGAUGCUGUAUGGAACUGCUCCCCUUCAGCAAUGCUGGGCUCUGGAGAUUGGAUUUCUCAUGUUUGAGUGUGGUCUCGCUCUGUCUUCCUCUGCUCCACUUCAACUUCACUUCAGGAUUCUCUGCCACAUGGUGAUGCAGCCCAGCACUGGUGUCUGCUCCGGUCCCUCUGCCCUCUGCAAGAAGAUGGGGACGGACUCGGGCCAGUGGCUGCCUUUCUGCUCCCCAUCUCCUUCUCCCCUGGACCUGAAAUAAAAGCCCUCUUGCACCGCA